UUGUAUAAUAUCUGCAGUGGUGAAAUGUAAUUGUGCGUCCUGUAUGUGAUAAUUAUCACACUUUGGCACGUAGGACUGUUCAAAAGCAGAAAGGAAUGGCUGGGCGUGACCAAUUGCAAGAUCACAGGCGGGAUGCAGCCCGAAGGAAACGGGUACAAGCCCCACCGAUCAAGGUAGAGUCCAGUGGACCCAUCUUUGGAACCCCAGUCAAGUCUGACACCAAGGAUGAUCUCAGCCGAACUGUCCAAAAUACUUUAGGCCUGUAUGACAACUUUAAAGGGAAAUCGCAUGAAUCGAGCCUCCUUGGCGUCGGGUACCAACCUCAAACACCUUUACCGGGAGAGAACAAGAACAUCAGCCACUUUCCUGUCAUGCAUGGACAGACCAAGUCAACAGGGCAGCAUUCUUCAAUGCCUGGUAGCAGUGGGAAAUCCAGUAGCCAGGUGAAGAACAGUCCGGCUGAGGCGUCAUCACUGCAUCGACAUGGCAGCUCGAAGCCGGCCCCAGCUGGCACUUCAUCGUCCUCUUCCAAGGGUGUGAAGCGCGAGUCUGGAACCGCUUCGCAGUUGUCAUCGUCGUCAGCAGGUACCUCGUCUUCUAAAUCAGCCCACCCUUCAAUGUACGAUAAAUCCAAGGAUAGCAGUCAGAGACGGUCUAAAGAUGGUUCCUCUGGUGUUAGACCCAAGGCUCAAGGAUCGGGAAGCUCUGUGGAAUCUAGUAGUUCGCAGUCAAAAUCAUCAUCGAAUCAGCCAUCAAAGCAACAUAGUACAACGUCAUCAUCAUCAGCUUCCAAGCCAGGAAGCUCCCGCCCUUCCUCAUCAAGCUCUACUAGUAGAGGGAGCAGCAGCAGCUCCUCCAAUUCCAGCGCCUCUGAUUCCAAAACAGUUCUCCACCCCAACGGCCUUUUGACAGAGACGUGUCACAGUAUCACAAACUAUCCCUCGAAACAGAGUGGUGCUAAAAGUGAACAAAAGGAUAGCAAACAGGCUAGUGGUCACAGCAAAAAGGACACUGGUUCAUUCCGAGAACUGCCAUUUAUUUCCCCUAUGCCGGAUAUCAUAGCAGACUUUCAGUCAAGAUCCACCCCAAACCCAGCGAGAGAAGUAAAGAAGGAUCGAGAUGGAGAUACUAAGCAACGCCCCAGGCUGGAUAUUCCUAAAAAGGGUACACAUCAAGGACAUAGUAAACAUAAAGAAGUGGAACAAAUUUUUGAGAAAAUGACUGUUUUGAAGCCCCCAGUAUCUGCCAUCCAAACACCCGUCAAAGCAGAAGCACCAAAAUUCCCCUUUGAAGAUCUUUCGCAUUCAAGCGGUGCCCAACCAACAGUUCCACGUAAGAAGCUGGUUGAAACAAUCAACAAGGAUUCUGAGAAGAAGACUAGCAAGGAGGAGAAGGAGGGUAAAGGUUCAACAAGGUAAGAAUGAGGAAGAGGACAGGGAAGAGAGAAGAGUGGGAAAAGGAUAGAUGAAUAGAUAGAUUGAUAGAUGGAUGG